AUGGCGUUGCCCAACGGUGCCGCCAGCCCGCCGCUGCUGAUGCUCACGAUGCUUCUGCCUGCUCCAUCAUCUGUGCAGAAACGGCACAGGAGGCUGACCCGCAGUGGAACCGGUCUGUCCAGUGUGGCCAAGUGUCUUCAGAAGCACCCACUCACCGUUGUGAUCACUCUUCAGCAUAAAGGGUACCACUUGCAGAUCACGUUUACGUACAUCAUUGCCCUGCACAUUGUCACAGUCACAGCCAAAGUCACUGAGCCCCAUGGUGUCUCCAGCGGUGUAUCUGCAAGCCCAGUGAUGUCCCCAUCCACGAUUCUUGACAACUUGUUUGGUGAUGACAACGGUCUCUGUUCUCCAAACCCCGGCAACCAUUUUCAGCUCAAGAAAACGG